CAGACAGUCUGUCGAUUGUGUUCUGCACGCUGAUCAGAACGCACACUUUAUCUCUAUCCUUUGCUGGUUUGGCUUCAUUAAAGUGAAUCAGGAGGGAAAAGGCUUGUGCUGAGGCACUAAUUCUGACCCGGACAUCUCAGCGGCAGUGACCCGAGAUCCCUCUGUAUCUGAGAGAACCAUGUACUCCACAUAUCCCAGCAGCACUCCUGCCAGUGUUUAAUUGUCAUUUGUACCGAGAACAGAAGAAUGAAGUCCUGACUUGCGGCAGCAUCACAGCUGCAAUUGGACAAAAGAAGCCACAAGAUCAACAUCGUCGGUGAGGUGUGGUGAGUCUCCACGAUGGUGGCCAUCUCGCUGAAGAUCUGCGUCCGCCAGUGCAAUGUCAUCAAGACCAUGCAGUUCGAGCCGUCCACAAUGGUGUACGACGCAUGCCGCAUCAUCCGCGAGCGCGUACAAGAGGCACAAACCGGGCAAGCCUCCGACUACGGCUUGUUCCUGUCGGAUGAGGAUCCCAGGAAGGGGAUUUGGCUGGAAUCCGGCCGCACCUUGGACUACUACAUGCUCCGCAAUGGGGAUGUUCUGGAGUACAAGAAGAAGCAAAGGCCACAGAAGGUGCGGAUGCUGGAUGGAGCUGUGAAGACAGUCAUGAUUGAUGACUCCAAAACUGUUGGUGAACUUCUGGUACCUAUCUGCAGCAGGAUAGGUAUCACCAAUUAUGAAGAAUACUCUUUGAUCCAAGAUAUAAUUGAAGAGAAAAAAGAUGAAGGAACUGGUACACUGAAGAAGGACCGGACCUUGUUGCGGGAUGAACGCAAGAUGGAGAAGCUGAAGGCAAAGCUCCACACAGAUGAUGAGCUGAACUGGUUAGACCACAGUCGUACAUUCCGGGAACAAGGUGUCGAUGAAAACGAAACGCUGCUGUUACGAAGGAAGUUCUUCUACUCUGACCAGAACGUGGAUUCCCGGGACCCCGUGCAGCUCAACCUCCUCUACGUACAGGCUCGGGACGACAUCCUGAACGGUUCCCACCCAGUGUCGUUCGACAAGGCCUGUGAGUUUGGGGGAAUCCAGGCCCACAUCCAGUUCGGGGCCCACGUGGAGCACAAGCACAAGGCCGGCUUCCUCGACCUGAAGGAGUUCCUGCCCAAGGAAUACAUCAAGCAGCGCAACGCAGAGAAGAAGAUAUUCCAGGAUCACAAAAACUGCGGGGAGAUGACGGAGAUUGAAGCCAAAGUGAAGUACGUGAAGUUGGCCCGUUCACUGCGGACCUAUGGGGUCUCCUUCUUCCUGGUCAAGGAGAAGAUGAAGGGGAAGAAUAAGUUGGUGCCUCGGCUACUGGGCAUCACCAAAGACUCUGUGUUGCGAGUGGAUGAAAGGACCAAGGAUGUGAUGCAGGAAUGGCCGCUCACCACGGUCAAACGCUGGGCUGCAUCGCCAAAGAGCUUCACUCUGGACUUUGGAGAGUACCAGGAGAGCUACUACUCAGUGCAGACAACAGAGGGGGAGCAGAUCUCCCAGCUCAUCGCCGGAUACAUCGACAUCAUCCUCAAAAAGAAACAAAGUAAAGACCGAUUUGGGCUGGAAGGAGACGAAGAGUCUACAAUGUUGGAAGAAUCCGUCUCUCCAAAAAAAUCGACCAUUCUACAGCAGCAGUUCAAUAAGACGGGCAAGAUCGAGCACGCAUCCGUGGCGCUGCCAGCGGUGAUGAGGCCCGGCGCGGGGGGGCCAGAGAACUUCAACAUGGGCACCAUGCCCGCCCCACAGCAGCAGAUCCUAAGCGGGCAGAUGCACCGGGGCCACAUGCCCCCACUGACGUCGGCACAGCAAGCUUUAAUGGGAACCAUUAACUCCAGCAUGCAAGCGGUGCAACAAGCCCAGUCUGACCUCACUGAGAUAGACAGCUUGCCCCCGCUGGGACAGGACAUGGCAUCCAAGGUGUGGGUUCAGAAUAAGGUGGAUGAAUCAAAGCACGAGAUUCACUCACAGGUCGAUGCCAUCACUGCGGGCACCGCGUCUGUGGUCAACCUCACUGCCGGUGACCCCGUGGACACGGAUUACACCGCCGUUGGCUGUGCUAUCACCACCAUUUCCUCCAACCUGACGGAGAUGUCCAAGGGGGUGAAGUUGCUGGCGGCCCUGAUGGACGACGAUAUUGGAAGUGGCCAGGACCUUCUGCGGGCAGCCAGGACGCUGGCUGGAGCCGUGUCUGACCUGCUGAAGGCCGUCGAGCCCUCGUCCGGAGAGACCCGACAGACGGUGCUGACCGCUGCCGGCAGCAUUGGGCAGGCGAGCGGUGACCUUCUGCGCCACAUCGGAGAGAAUGAGACUGACGAGCGUUUUCAGGAUGUGUUGAUGAGCCUGGCCAAGGCAGUGGCCAAUGCAGCUGCCAUGUUGGUGCUGAAGGCCAAGAACGUGGCCCAGGUGGCGGAGGACACCACCCUGCAGAACCGGGUGAUUGCCGCCGCUACUCAGUGUGCCCUCUCCACCUCCCAGCUCGUCGCCUGCGCCAAGGUGGUGAGCCCCACCAUCAGUUCGCCGGUGUGCCAGGAGCAGCUGGUGGAGGCGGGCAGGCUGGUGGAGCGCUCGGUGGAGGGGUGCGUCAAGGCGUGCCGGUCUGCCACGGAGGACGGCGAGCUGUUGAAGCAGGUGGUGGCGGCGGGCAGCGUGGUGAGCCAGGCGCUGGGGGAGCUGCUACAACACGUGCGACACUACGCCAGCCGCGGGGAGCCCAUCGGCCGCUACGACCAGGCCACCGACACCAUCAUGACCGUGACCGAGAGCAUCUUCUGCUCCAUGGGCGACGCAGGGGAGAUGGUGCGGCAGGCCCGGGUACUGGCCCAGGCCACGUCAGACCUGGUCAACGCCAUGCGGUCUGAUGCAGAGGCGGAGAGUGACGUGGACAACUCCAAGAAGCUGCUGGCAGCGGCCAAGCUGCUGGCUGACUCCACCGCUAGGAUGGUGGAAGCGGCAAAGGGUGCAGCUGCCAACCCUGAGAACCAGGACCAGCAGCAGAAGCUACGGGAGGCAGCCGAGGGUCUGCGCGUCGUCACCAACUCUGCCGCACAGAACGCCAUCAAGAAGAAGCUGAUCAACCGGCUGGAGAGCGCAGCCAAGCAGGCAGCUGCAGCAGCAACGCAGACCAUCGCCGCAUCCCAGAAUGCAUCGUCAUCCAACAAGAACACGGCGGCCCAGCAGCAGCUGGUACAGAGCUGUAAGGCAGUGGCCGAUCACAUCCCCCAGCUGGUGCAGGGGGUCCGGGGCAGCCAGGCCGAGACCGACUGUCUCAGUGCCCAGCUGGCACUCAUCAUCGCCAGCCAGAACUUCCUGCAGCCCGGAAGCAAGAUGGUGUCGUCGGCCAAGGCAGCGGUGCCCACGGUGACCGACCAGGCAGCCGCCAUGCAGCUGGGGCAGUGCGCCAAGAACCUUGCCACUAGCCUGGCCGAGCUUCGCACAUCUGUACAGAAGGCCCAUGAAGCCUGCGGACCCAUGGAGAUAGACUCAGCCCUGCAGUCAGUGCAGACCCUGAGGUACGAGCUCCAGGACGCCAAGCUGGCCGCAGCUGACGGGCAACUCAAGCCGCUGCCCGGCGAGACGCUGGAGAAAUGUGCUCAGGACCUGGGAAGCACAUCCAAGGCUGUUGGCUCGUCGAUGGCACAGCUCCUGACGUGUGCGGCACAGGGCAACGAACACUACACCGGUAUCGCAGCCAGAGAGACGGCGCAGGCCCUCAAGACGUUGGCGUCAGCAGCUCGGGGUGUGGCUGCCUCCACGGACAGCCCGCCCGCACAGAACGCCAUGCUGGACACGGCCCGCGACGUGAUGGACGGCUCAGCCCUGCUCAUCCAGGAGGCCAAGCAGACCCUGGCCUCGCCCGGAGACGCAGAGAGCCAGCAGCGGCUGGCACAGGUGGCCAAGUUGGUGUCACAUUCCCUGAACAACUGUGUCAACUGCCUGCCUGGACAGAAGGACGUGGAUGUGGCUCUGAAGAGCAUCGGGGAAUCCAGCAAGAAGCUGCUUCUGGACACGUUGCCAGCUAGCAGCAAGAGUUUCCAGGAGGCACAGAGUGAGCUGAACCAUGCUGCGGUGGGACUGAACCAGUCGGCGGGUGAAGUGGUGCACGCCUCGCGGGGCUCCAGUCGCCAGCUGGCCGCAGCGUCCGGCAAGUUCAGUGACGACUUUGAUGAGUUCCUGGACGCCGGGAUUGAAAUGGCUGGACAGGCGCAGACAAAGGAAGGUCAGGUCCAGGUGGUUGGUAACUUGAAGAACAUCUCCAUGGCCUCCAGCAAGUUGCUGCUGGCUGCCAAGUCCCUGUCUGUCGAUCCAGCAGCACCCAACGCCAAGAACCUGCUGGCAGCCGCUGCCCGGGCUGUUACGGAGAGCAUCAACCAGCUGAUUACACUCUGCACCCAGCAGGCCCCGGGCCAGAAGGAGUGUGACAACGCACUGCGGGAACUAGAGACUGUGAUGGGAAUGCUGGAAACGCCCAAUGACCCCGUCAGUGACUUUUCCUACUUUGACUGCAUCGACAGUGUGAUGGAGAAUUCCAAGGUCCUGGGUGAAGCCAUGGCGGGGAUCUCUCAGAGGGCCAAGACCGGUGACCUGCCAGCAUUCGGAGACUCCGUGGGGAUUGCUUCCAAGGCGUUGUGUGGUCUGACAGAGGCUGCAGCUCAGGCGGGCUAUCUGGUGGGGAUAUCGGAUCCCAACAGCCAGGCCGGCCACCAGGGGCUGGUGGAUCCCAUCCAGUUUGCCAGGGCUAACCAGGCCAUUCAGAUGGCAUGUUCCAACUUGGUGGACCCAGCGAGCAGCCCGUCACAGGUGCUGUCCGCUGCCACCAUCGUUGCCAAGCACACCUCCGCCCUGUGCAACGCAUGCCGCAUCGCCUCCUCCAAGACUGCCAACCCCGUGGCCAAGAGGCACUUUGUACAAUCGGCAAAGGAGGUCGCCAACAGCACUGCCAACCUGGUGAAGACAAUCAAGGCUCUUGACGGUGACUUCUCUGAUGAAAACCGCGAGAAAUGCCGGCUGGCCACAUCCCCGUUAAUCGAGGCGGUGGAAAACCUGACGGCGUUCGCCUCCAACCCGGAAUUCGUCAGCAUCCCGGCACAGAUCGGAGCAGAGGGGGUCCAGGCCCAGGAGCCGAUUCUUUCAGCCGCUCGGUCCAUGUUGGACAGCUCGUCCUCUCUCAUCAGAAGUGCCCGCUCACUGGCCAUCAACCCCAAGGACCCACCCACCUGGUCGAUUCUUGCAGCACAUUCCCGCACCGUGUCCGACUCCAUCAAGAGCCUCAUCACAUCCAUCAGGGACAAGGCUCCAGGGCAGCGGGAAUGUGACUGUUCCAUCGACAACAUUAACAAAUGUAUCCGGGAGAUCGAACAUGCAUCGCUGGCAGCAAUCAGUCAGAACCUGCCGACCAGAGACGACAUCUCCUUGGAGGCUCUCCAGGAACAGAUGAGUUCCACGGUGCAGGAGAUUGGACACCUGAUUGACCCGAUCACCACGGCGGCACGAGGAGAGGCGGCUCAGCUGGGACACAAGGUCACUCAGCUGGCCAGCUACUUUGAGCCGUUGACUCUGGCCUCGGUGGGCGUGGCGUCCAACGUGCUGGACCACCAGCAGCAGAUGACCGUGUUGGACCAGACCAAGACGCUGGCCGAGUCUGCGCUGCAAAUGCUCUACGCGGCCAAGGAGGGCGGCGGCAACCCAAAGGCUUCACACACACACGACGCCAUCAUGGAGGCAACUCAGCUGAUGAAGGAGGCCGUGGACGAUAUCAUGGUGACGCUGAACGAGGCGGCCAGUGACAUUGGUAUGGUGGGUGGCAUGGUGGAUGCCAUCGCCGAGGCCAUGAACAGGCUGGAUGACGGCACCCCUCCAGAACCCGACGGCAGUUUUGUGGACUGCCAGACCACCAUGGUGAAAUACUCCAAGGCGAUCGCAGUUACUUCUCAGGAGAUGAUGACCAAGUCGGUGACGUGCCCCGAGGAGCUGGGCGGCCUGGCCUCGCAGGUGACCACCGACUACAGCCACCUGGCCCACCAAGGGCGGCUCGCAACGGUCACUGCCGACACCCAGGAGAUUGGGUUCCAGAUCAAGACGCGGGUUCAGGACCUGGGCCACGGCUGCAUCUACCUGGUGCAGAAGGCCGGGGCCGUUCAGAUCAGCCCCACGGACAACUUCACCAAGAGGGAGCUCAUCGAGUGUGCCCGAGCUGUGACUGAGAAGGUCUCCCUGGUUCUCUCCGCCCUGCAAGCUGGCAACAGAGGGACGCAGGCUUGUAUCACCGCAGCCAGUGCCGUGUCCGGCAUCAUUGCCGAUCUCGACACCACCAUCAUGUUCGCCACGGCUGGCACCCUCAACGCAGAGAACAACGAGUCCUUUGCCGACCACAGGGAGAACAUCCUGAAAACGGCCAAGGCUCUGGUUGAGGACACCAAGUUCCUGGUGUCUGGGGCAGCGUCCAGCCAAGAGAAGCUUGCCCAGGCCGCACAUUCGUCUGUCAGCACCAUCACCCAGCUGGCUGAAGUGGUGAAGCAGGGAGCAGCCAGCCUGGGCUCCGAUGACCCAGAGACACAGGUGGUCCUGAUUAACGCGGUGAAGGACGUGGCCAAAGCACUGACGGACCUCAUCAGCGCGACGAAGUGCGCGGCUGGGAAACCGGCCGAUGAUUCGUCCAUGUAUCAGCUGAAGGGCGCAGCCAAGGUGAUGGUGACAAACGUGACCUCCCUUCUGAAGACAGUAAAAGCGGUGGAGGACGAAGCCACACGGGGCACCCGGGCACUAGAGGGCACCAUCGAGAGCAUCAGGCAGGAGCUGGCGGUUUUCCAAUCGCAGGAAGUGCCAGCCAAGACCUACACACCGGAAGAAUUCAUUCGGAUGACUAAGGGCAUCACCACAGCCACGGCCAAGGCGGUGGCCGCAGGUAACUCCUGCCGCCAGGAUGAGGUGAUAGCCACGGCCAAUCUCAGCCGCAAGGCCAUGGUGGACAUGCUGACAGCCUGCAAGCAAGCGGCGUUCCACUCGGCGGUGAGCGAGGACGUGUGUGAGCGAGCGCUGCACUCUGCCACUGAGUGCACGGUGGGCUAUAUGGAGCUGCUGGAGCAUGUGCUAGCGGUUGUUCAGAAGCCCACAGCCGAGGACAAGCUGCAGUUGUCUGCCUACUCCAAGCGUGUGGCUGCGGCCGUCACCGAGCUGAUCCAGUCCGCAGAAGCCAUGAAAGGCAUGGAGUGGGUGGACCCGGAAGAUCCCACGGUGAUCGCGGAGGCGGAGCUGCUGGGAGCCGCGGCAUCCAUCGAAGCCGCCGCCAAGAAGCUGGAGCAGCUGAAACCGCGCGCCAAACCCAGGCAAGCGGACGAGACGCUGGACUUUGAGGAGCAGAUCCUGGAAGCUGCCAAGUCGAUCGCGGCUGCCACCAGCGCACUGGUAAAGUCGGCGUCGGCGGCUCAGCGGGAGCUGGUCGCCCAGGGGAAGGUCGGAGCCAUCCUUGCCAACGCGGUGGAUGAUGGCCAGUGGUCCCAAGGACUUAUCUCUGCAGCACGGAUGGUUGCAGCGGCGACGAGCAGCCUGUGUGAAGCAGCCAAUGCAUGUGUGCAGGGCCAUGCGAGUGAGGAGAAGCUGAUCUCGUCGGCCAAGCAGGUGGCUGCGUCCACAGCCCAGCUACUGGUGGCCUGCAAGGUGAAGGCCGACACAGACUCUGAGGCCAUGCGGCGGCUACAGACGGCAGGAAAUGCAGUGAAGAGGGCUUCAGACAACCUGGUCCGAGCAGCUCAAAAGGCAGCGUUUGACAAACCCGACGAGGAGAACAUUGUCGUCCAAACGCGGUUCGUGGGAGGCAUUGCUCAGAUCAUUGCAGCCCAGGAGGAGAUGCUGAGGAAGGAGAAGGAGCUGGAGGAAGCUCGGAAGAAGCUGGCCCAGAUCCGCCAACAACAGUACAAGUUCCUGCCGUCAGAGUUACGGGAGGAGGAGAGCUAGAUGUCUGGACCAUCGACCGACCAGUCCGGUUUCACAAAGAUCUCCAGCUGCUCAGAAUUUGAGCCAGUUGGGAAUCUGAUAGCAUUGUACACUGAGAAGGUGGAACAUUGCAUUAGCUAGGAAUUAUCCAAUUAUAGAUCGUAGUCGAGAAUUAUGUUAGUUUAGUAUUGGCUUCCUGUACUCCCAAGGCUUGCAUGCACUAAAUACGAAUCAGGGAAGUCUACAGAGCAAGAUGAUUAUGGCCAGGCCCCAUGGGCGGCAGUAGGCGAGUUGUCUACACAGAAGAUGUUCAGGAACGGUCUGAGUCUGGCCUGCUCGGUUAACGUGCGAGGGCAGAUUCUCCAGGCAUUGAUAGAGAGAGAACGUUGGCAGGGGAGCUUUCAAAAGUCAUGCAGGAUCAAUCAAUGCUUUUUCACUACUGAAUACCUGCAGAUCCUGACAGUGCUGCUUAGAAGCUAAUCUGCUUCCCCUCGUAACCCAGGCAACCUUCCAACCCUGCAGUUCCAUCCUGUGGUACAAAUUUAUUCGGACGUUCAGCUCAAGGAGUUUCUGCUCCUGUGCUCCCUGUUUGCUUUUCAGGAAUCUGACUUUGGAAACCAGCUAAACAUAGACUGGGAAGAGAAAAUGCACCUUGUGUCCUCCGACCAGCCCUCAGUAGCACUGAUAGGGUCUUUAACACAAGAGGCACAAAAGAGAAUCCGUUGUGAAGGGGACAAGGAAUGUUUUGAAGGUGUUCAUUGCAUUUCAAUUCCUAAUUCCUGCUCUGUUUUAAGAUGGUGGGUGCACCAGUCAUUUUCAUAACACGUUGGCCUGCACGUUGCCUGCUGUGUUUCCUACAUAGUCAGAGGGUUGCUUCUGGUGUGUUUGUGUGUGCUUUGUCUUUCUGUUGCCUGCACUACCCUGCCAUUGCUGGUAGAGUCUAUACCACUGAUGUCACCCACUGACAUCCCCCAGCUGAACCUCUGCAUGAUGAGUCCAUAUAAGUAGCGUUCACAAAGUGUUAAUGCAAGCCAAACCACACAGCACUGCCCCUGCGUCACCUUGUAUGGUCUUCCAUGCCGACUGCACCUCCCGUCUGUGAGAGAUCACUCUUUUUUAUCUUUGGAAAUUGCAUUCGGCAGACCUGCGGCAAGAUGCAUCGUAGCCCAUCAACGCCGCAAUCUUGCAUCUCCCCAGCCCGGACCUGUCAUCUAAAAGGUGUUGUUCAUCUGGAAAGUUAACCCACCCUCUUGCUUUGUCGGGCAGCUGAGGAGCGUGAAUUUACAAGAAGAACUUUCAUGUACCAAGAUGAUUCAAGUUAUCUAACCACGGUCUUUGGUGGGAAUAGUUUUCAAGCUGCCUUGUGUGGAACAAAACACCUCGCAGGUGCAGGAGAGAUCCAAUGUGUCCGCAGGUUCCUGGCUUGCCACACUUCAUAUGAUCCAAACUUUCAGUGAAGCAUUGCGUAUAUUACUCUGCCAUGACAGAAUGUAUUACUGUAUGUAACAUAAAGUGCUAAUUUAUCGGCCACAAAAACUAUUUUUUGUAUUCACGGAAAUAAAAGGUUUCAAAGGAAA